AUGCACGUUGGAGCAAACAAACAAGCGAAGGCUGCCUUCGAGCGUUCGAGUGCAAUCAGCGGGGACAUGUGCGUUCAAAUUCGCACACAGCGGAGGAGACGGGGGAAAGGAAAUUCUUCCUGUUUGAGAAGGGGGGAAGACAAGUCAGCACGCAACAUCACACCGACAGACAGCAGAGAGACGCCGGGGGCCCUCGCGUGUACAGCAGCAGCACAUCAUCAGCAACGGCAGCACACGUGGUCCGUGCGGUGAGCGUGGAGACGUGCGAGAACGGGUGCCUGUGGUCCUGCUGAAGCGCCUUCUCCCCCCUCCGCACCGAGGGUGAGGUUAGCCCCCGCUGCUGCACUCCGGGCAUCAGCGAGCGCAGGAAGGGGGUGUUCACCCCCGUGUGGUCUUCGCCCAACGACCUGGGCGAGAUACGGGUGACCCCGGCCUUCCUGGUGGACCACAGCCCGGAUGAGACCGUCAGGGACUUGGGGGUCGACACGUGAAGACGGCGGCGUGCCACAACCUUUGCCGCGCAGUGAUGAUCGUGGAGACCACACGACGCUUCGCGACCCGUAUGUACCCUCCCACCCCUUCCGCCUUCCACCCUAAAAGGAAAACAACAUCGGAGCCCGAUGAUACCUAGAGAGUAAGUAGCGCGACGAGGAGCAUGGUGAUGUUCAAAUGAUUGCGUGGUUAACGAUGGACGCCCGCCGAUGCGUACUGCGAUCCUUCCUCUUCAUCUCUGGCAGUAC